UCGCUGUCUAUGAGGAGCAGGAGGCCCAGCAGAGAGGAGCUGUGAGUCCAGCAGGCGUCUCCGGGAGCAGCGAGCCGGAUCGGCCCAGCCCGGAACCCUAUGACUCAGAACUCUCCAUCUUCCAGCCAAUCAGAGGAGGCGAGAUUGAAGUCAACUCCUCCGCCCUCAAAUCUAACACUCCUCUGUUGGUGCGCAGCAGCAGUGAGUCAGCCCUCAGCCCCCCCGCGGAUGCUGGACCCCCCCAGUGCGAGGAGCAGAAUGGCAGGCGGACUCCGGCGGGAAUGAGCCAUGCCCUGAUGGAUAAACCACUAACAGAUGGAACCAACUCCAAUGCAAGCCCUUACACACCCAGCCUGACGAGGACGGUGGAGAUUUCAGGAGAAAAGGGUCCGCUGGGGAUCCAUGUGGUGCCGUUCUGUUCCUCCUUGAGUGGACGGACUCUGGGCUUACACAUCCGUGGCGUGGAGGAGAACAGUCGCUCCAAGAGGGAGGGGAUCUUCCACGACGACGAGUGCAUUGUUCGCAUCAACGACACCGAACUCAUGGACAAGACCUUCACUCAGUCCCAGGAGGUUUUCCGGCAGGCUAUGCGCUCCCCGACCGUCCGUCUGGAGGUGGUUCCCGUCGGCAACCGCGAGCGCUACGAGAAGAGUAUCAUCGGCUCUCUCCUCACCUCCCCAGACCCCCCCACGGAUGGGCCCCCCACUACCAAAAAGACCCCGCCACCCGUCAAAGUCAAGCCCACUCUCAGGCCUCCUCCUGGGGAGACCACAGACGGCGGCGGUGGUGGUGGUGGUGCUGGGGUUCUGGAGGUCCGGGGGUCCCCUGGCACCCAGCGGCCCCCCAGCCGUCUCUCCCCCAACCCCAAGGGGCGCAGCGAGAGCCCCCUACUCAGGAAGAGCCUGGGUCUGCCCCCGCUGGCUGGCCUCACCGGCAAGAAAGGGGGCAAGAAGCUCCGUGUCGACCUGAAGAAAGGUGAGCAGCAGGACAGCGGACACCUGAUGAGUCAUCUCGAGAACACCCAAAAGAAUAGCCCCGGUGUAGGAGUCAUCUCGAGAACACCCAAAAGAAUAGCCCCGGAUGGCCGCCUGCGUGUGAAUGACCAGCUGGUGGCAGUGAAUGGGGAGUCCCUGCUGGGCAAGUCCAACCACGAGGCCAUGGAGACGCUGCGCCGGUCCAUGUCCAACGAGGGCAACCUCAGGGGCCUGAUUCAGCUGCUGGUGCUGCGCCCGCUCCUGCAGACCAGUCAGGAGCAGGCGGAGGUGCGGCGGACCCUGAACCGCUCCUUUGACAGCUGCACGGGGCACAUGAGCGCAGUGGGGCAGGCCAACAGACCAGCACAGGCAGCCCUGGUGCUCAACAGCCUCUACCAAAGAGCAGAUUUUCAUAGUCUGUCUAACGGGGGUUACGGACUGACUGAGGAAGGCCACCAUGAGGAAGAUGGGACCCUCCUUCGGAGUCAGCACGAGGCUGACCUCUCCUCCGCCUCCCCACCAGGAGCAGCACCAAACACCAGCUCCGACUGGGAGAGUGGUCCAGGAGAGAACAGCUUCAGGAGUGAAGCCCAGGGACAGGUGGAGCACCAUCACGUCAAGUCCUCUAAGAGCAUGGACCUGGUGGCAGAUGAAAGUAACGUUGGGGCUCUCACGGGGCAGAAGCCAGUCUCUUCUCUGGCCCAGGCGCUGGGUCCCACCCUGGGCCUGAAGAAGUCCAGCUCCCUGGAGAGCCUUCAGACGGCCGUCUCCGAGGCGCAGCGUGUCAAUCAGCAGCAGCAGCAGCAGCAGCAGCUCCUCCCCUUCCACAGGCCACGCCCACACAUGGUGCGAGGGCGCGGCUGCAACGAGAGCUUCCGCGCCGCCAUCGACAAAUCGUACGACGGCCCGCCCGAGGAUGAUGAUGAUGACUUCUCUGAUCAGAGUUCGGGUCGUGACACUCCGGCCAGCAGCUCCUCUCGCCUAGGGGACGCCGAGGAGGGCAAGAAAGACAAGAAGAAGAAGACCAAAGGGAAGAAGAAAGACAAGAUGAAGGCCAAAGGGAAGGAGAAGGAGAGAGAGAAGGAGAAGGAGAAGAAGAAAGAGGAUGGAGCUGAAGAGUUGGACAAGAAGAGCAAGAAGAAAGGAUUUGCAUUGCUGAGGUUUGGGAAGAAGAAGGAGACCAAGACUCUCAUCAAGCACACCGCUGACAUCCUGAGCGAGGAGGAGCUGGAGAGGAUGAAGGAGGAGAGGGAGAGGAUCGAGGCGAAGCACCAGGAGCUUCGUGACCGACAGGCUCGCGACCGCUACCCGACCCCAGACAUGGAGGACGACGCCAUGGACCCCAACUACGCCCGCAUCCACGCCUUCAGGGUGCCCAGCUCCCCCCCUCUCACCCUGCGCACACACACGCGCUCGCCCUCCCCCCAGAGCCCGCCGCGGCCCCCCCUCCACCCCCCGGGGCCCCACCUCCACGCCCCAGGGCCCCCCGUGCACAGCAGGGAGCCGUCAGGGGAGGACGCGCUGGACGGGCUCUACGCCAAAGUCAACAAGCAGAGAGCGCCAGCACCAGCACCCUCCACCGACAGGCCAGACAGACAGACAGACAGAGAGAGGUUUGGGAAGAAGAAGGAGACCAAGACUCUCAUCAAGCACACCGCUGACAUCCUGAGCGAGGAGGAGCUGGAGAGGAUGAAGGAGGAGAGGGAGAGGAUCGAGGCGAAGCACCAGGAGCUUCGUGACCGACAGGCUCGCGACCGCUACCCGACCCCAGACAUGGAGGACGACGCCAUGGACCCCAACUACGCCCGCAUCCACGCCUUCAGGGUGCCCAGCUCCCCCCCUCUCACCCUGCGCACACACACGCGCUCGCCCUCCCCCCAGAGCCCGCCGCGGCCCCCCCUCCACCCCCCGGGCCCCCCCCUCCACGCCCCAGGGCCCCCCGUGCACAGCAGGGAGCCGUCAGGGGAGGACGCGCUGGACGGGCUCUACGCCAAAGUCAACAAGCAGAGAGCGCCAGCACCAGCACCCUCCACCGACAGGCCAGACAGACAGACAGACAGAGAGAGUAUGGACCGUAUCCAGCAGCUGAGGAGAGAGUACCAGCAGGCCCGGAGAGAAGGAGCGGCCCCUGCCUACGAGGACCUGGAGUCGCGCCGCCGGGGCCCUGAGUACGACCCACACCGCGUCAGCGCCCAGCAGCGGUUCAGACUGAUUUACGUGGCGCGCUCCCCUAAUGGAUCGCCACACGUCCUCGGCUGCUGUACCACCGUCACCUCCUGCCGUCACCUCCUGCCGCCGCCUCCUGCCGCCGCCACCGCUGAUGCCGCCGCUGAUGCCGAGCGCCGAUGA